CGGCAGGGUCUUAGCGCCGCCGGGUUCCGUACUCCUCGCUCCUCGCCCGGAUUGGUGCCGCCUCCCCGCAGCGGUCCGCUCAUUGGACGGGGGGGGCGGAGCCGGAGAAAACUAAAAACUGGCUUUCAGCUUGAAGACUUUUGAAACUUUUCCCAAUCCCGAAAAGGGACUUGGCCUCUUUUUCUGGGCUCUGCAGGGCAGUCGCGCUGGACCCCGGCUCGUGGACCCUCAGGGCAGCCGAAUUGGUGGGGGGGCUUGGAGAGUGGCCUUUCUGCUCCAGGCGCGGCCCGCUGGGACGGCAUCGUUCCUCUGCCCCCGUGGCGUCUCCACCGCGUCCCCGGCCCUCCGACCCGGCUGCCACCCGCCGGGCCCCGCGAGCCAGCCAGCGAGCGAGGUGGGCCGACUCUGCGCUCGCCCGGGCGCGCCUUCCAGGAUGCUGGUCCGCCCGGUCCGCUGAAAACCAGAGUCCCUUCGCCGCCGGGCGCCUCCUGCACCUCGCCGCCGCGGAGACUCCUAGGCGCCCGGGGGAUCCCCCCGCCAGCUCCCUUCCCCUCUCCGUCUCUCCCUCUCCCUCUCCCUCUCCCUCUCCCUCUCCCUCUCCCUCUCCCUCUCCCUCUCCCUCUCCCUCUCCCUCUCCCUCUCCCUCUCCCUCUCUGUCUCCCUCGCUCGCUCCCUCCGUCUCGCUUUCGCAGGACCUUUCUCGCUGUCCCGGCGCGCAGGCGGCGGCGAGCCGUCUGAGACGCAGCAUGCAGGCGCGCUACUCGGUGUCCGACCCCAACGCCCUGGGAGUGGUGCCCUACUUGAGCGAACAGAAUUACUACCGGGCGGCGGGCAGCUACGGCGGCAUGGCCAGCCCCAUGGGCGUCUACUCGAGCCACCCAGAGCAGUACGGUGCGGGCAUGGGCCGUUCCUAUGCGCCCUACCACCACCACCAGCCCGCGGCGCCCAAGGACCUGGUGAAGCCGCCCUACAGCUACAUCGCGCUCAUCACCAUGGCCAUCCAGAACGCUCCCGAGAAGAAGAUCACCCUGAACGGCAUCUACCAGUUCAUCAUGGACCGAUUCCCCUUCUACCGGGAGAACAAGCAGGGCUGGCAGAACAGCAUCCGACACAACCUGUCACUCAACGAGUGCUUUGUCAAGGUGCCCCGCGACGACAAGAAGCCGGGCAAGGGCAGCUACUGGACGCUGGACCCCGACUCCUACAACAUGUUCGAGAAUGGCAGCUUCCUGCGGCGGCGGCGGCGCUUCAAGAAGAAAGACGUGCCCAAGGACAAGGAGGAGCGCACGCACCUCAAGGAGCCGCCCCCGGCCGCCGCCAAGGGCUCAGCGGCCGGGGGGCCCCUCGCAGACACCCCCAAGGAGGCUGAAAAGAAGGUGGUGAUCAAGAGCGAGGCGGCGUCGCCUGCGCUGCCGGUCAUCACCAAGGUAGAGACUCUGAGCCCCGAGAGCGCACUGCAGGGCAGCCCGCGCAGCGCCGCCUCCACGCCCGCCGGCUCCCCCGACGGCUCCCUGCCCGAGCACCACGCCGGGGCCCCCAAUGGACUGCCCGGCUUCAGCGUAGAGAACAUCAUGACCCUGCGAACGUCCCCCCCGGGGGCCGAGCUGAGCCCCGCGGCCGGGCGCGCCGGCCUGGUGGUGCCCCCGCUCACGCUGCCCUACAACGCCCCGCCGCCCGCCACCUACGGCCAGCCGUGCGCGCAGGGCCUGGAGGCCGGGGCGGCGGGCGGCUACCAGUGCAGCGUGCGCGCCAUGAGCCUGUACACCGGGGCCGAGAGGUCGGUGCACAUGUGCGUCCCGCCCGCGCUGGACGAGGCCCUCUCGGACCACCCCGGAGGCCCCACGUCGCCCCUGAGCGCGCUCAACCUCGCGGCCGCCGGCCAGGAGGGCGCGCUCGCAGCCGCUGGCCAUCACCACCCACACCCCGGCCACCACCACCCGCCUGCACCGCCGCCCCCGCCCCCGCAGGCGCCGCAGCCCUCUCCCGCUCCGCAGCCCGCAACAGCCGCGGCGCAGGCGGCCUCCUGGUAUCUCAAUCACGGCGGGGACCUAAACCAUCUCCCGGGACACACGUUCGCAGCCCAGCAGCAGACUUUCCCCAACGUGCGGGAGAUGUUCAGUUCCCAUCGGCUGGGGAUGGAGAACUCCGCCCUCGGGGAGCCCCAGGUGAGCGGCAACGCUAGCUGUCAGCUGCCCUACCGGUCCACACCGGCCCUCUACCGCCACGCAGCCCCCUAUUCCUACGACUGCACCAAGUACUGAACAUCCCGGCCCGCUCCAGACCCGCCAUGUGCCCGUUGCUCGGGCCACAGAGACAUUUAAAAAUAAGGAAGAAGAAGCAAACGGAGGAAAGAAGUAAAGGGACACAAACUUGACCGCCAGCUUUCAGUCAGACCCGGCUGCAAGGAGAGCGCACGCCGGCCUCGCUCUGGGAAGCUGCAGGUAACAUUUGCUCACCGUCCCCGUUCCUGAGACCCCAAGAAGCACCCCCCCCCUUCCCACCCCGUAAAGGGACUCAGCCCCGCGAAGAGAAUAUCGGUUUUUAAAGGCCCUUCUGCUAUCGAAAUGGUUGUGCUCUCUGUUCCCCCGAGGUUUCCAAAUUAAGUUAUGGACCAAAUCCCAUCGCGACCCAGUAAGGACUCUGAGUGUCCUCAGAGCCAGGGGGGGGGGAGGUCUCUGUGCAUGAUGUAUGUGCUGUGUGGAAUUUUAAAAUUCUUUAACCGUGCUGUACAAAAGUGUGGGUUUGUAAUCAGGCUAAUUUUGUGUUGUUGUUCAGAGCCAUUAAUAUAAUAUUUAAAGUUGAGUUCACUGGAUAGCUUUUCAUUUAACGCAACCAUUUCCAUCUGCCAGAUUGAAAAUUCAAGAAAGCUAGGGGUGUGUGGUGUGUGUGUGUGUGUGUGUAUGUGUGUGGGGGGGUGGGGUGGGGGGAUGAUUCUUCCCCCCAGCUCCUCCCUACACAAUUAUGAGAUAAAGUUAUUCGCCCAGUCACUGGUCUUUUACAAACCAAGAAAAUAAUUUAUUUUGUUGUUGUCGGAGGAGGAUAAAGAAUUCAAAUAUCUGACACUAUUUGCAAAAGUGUGAUGAUUUUGUAUAGUAGAUCCCACUUGGAACUUCCUAAAAGAAAAAAAAACUUUAAAAAAUUUAACUUCACCUGUAUUUGUCUUACAUGGUCUUAAUUGUUGUACUUACCUUAAAAUAAACCCAUGUUGUUUUGCUGCACAAAGUG